AUGACAAGCACGUCCAACCCCUCCCGCAAGGUCGGGGCUCUCUCCAAGUCGGCAAUUUCGAAUUCCCCUUCGGUCGGAUUUCAUGGUUGAUCAUCGAUGUUAACGCCCCUGUGCUUUUUCUCUGCCGCAGACCUUGAGCAAAAUCGCGUGCAACAGGCUGCAGAAGGAGCUUGUGGAGUGGCAAGUCAAUCCUCUCUCCGGUUUCAAGCACAAGGCCAGCGAUAACCUCCAGAGGUUGGUGUACCGCAUAAUCUUUGGGUGUACUGCAUAGUCUUUGGAAUUCGUUGGCCUUUUGGUUCAAGUUUCGAUCUCGUCCCGUCGACGUCGUGGAGUGCAAACACGUGCAGGUGGGUUAUUGAAGUGGUCGGGGCUCCCGGAACUCUGUACGCGGGAGAGACUUACCAGCUGCAGGUUGAUUUUCCCGAGCACUACCCCAUGGAAGCCCCUCAGGUAACGAUGAAUCCGAUACCUUUCGUUACAACUUAAUGCAGAAUCUGAUUCCUUGUUUGAAAGUGGUUCAAUCCUUGUAAGAAUUCCAUGAAGAAUCAUUUUUUUUCUUUUUCAAUUUCUUCUCAGGUUAUUUUCCUUCACCCUGCGCCUCUGCAUCCACAUAUUUACAGCAACGGGCAUAUUUGUCUGGGUAAUUUCUCUCUACUCUCUCAGACACGUUGCCCCUGCUCUUUUUUUCUUUUUCAUAUUCCUUGGUAUCUGUUCUUAUCUCAAUGUUUGUACCACAUGUUUGAUGUUUUCUCCCAUGAAAAAAAUUGAAAUCGUUUAAAAUUAGACGCUGUUAAAUGACCCUGAUUUGCUUUUAUUUAGUUUAUUGAUUCUUUAACGGCAUUUCCUUCUUUGUUAAAAACUAUGCUUUCUUAUAAUGCUUGGCAAGCUGUUCUCAGAAUUGUUUCUUUUGAACUCGAUAGCCUGAAUAUGGUUAACGCCAAGUUUUAGAACACUGUGAUCAUCCUAAUUUUUGUAUGCGUGAAACAUUGGUGGCUAAUUUAGAGAACAAUAGGGGAUGUACGAAUUAUGUCCUGGCUAUCAGUUGUAAUGUUAAAAGGGAGCUGUACAGCUUGGGAAGGGUGUUUUUCGAUAAAGAAGAAGAAUCUACUUCGACCGAUACGCCCUUCGCAUAUAUCACAUAGAAAUCACACUUUGAAAGGGUGGACAAUUAGCUAGAGCAGCAGGCCCUCUAGUGAAACUGAUUGCCUUUCUUCUCUCUGUAUUUAAUUCGCCGUGUGAAUGGCUCACUAUGUUGUUUCUCCUUUUGAAUUAACUGAGCCGACUGUUAACAGGGUAGUAUGUUGGAUGUAGUUCUGUAGGGGUUUCAUCUUUCUUCCUAAGGUUUAGGAAUGGUGUUCUAUGAUCGAUUCUUGGGUUACUGUCAGUUUGAUAUGUGUCUACAUUGAUGCGGAUGGCAUUUGAUAUGGCACAUGAUUUCCCAUUCGUAAUACAUGAAUAUAUGUAUCACUCUAGUAUUGUUCAUUCUGUAUAGUUUCUGGCCUUAAAAAAUGGUUUUUAAAUUAGAACAAGAAGCACCUCGUUUACGAACAAGAUCAUGUGCCCCAGAUGUAACUAGUCCUUAUAAACGAGAGUCAAACUGCAGAUUUUGCCUUAGAAUUAACACGAGGAAGUAGAUGAGAUGGAAUUCUUUCAAACUGAGGUGGGUCAGUUGGUUGUGUGCAAAUAUUUUGUGUUAUUAAUCCAUUGUGUACUUUGUGAAGAUUAAGGUAAUGUGUCAGUUAUAUUGAGAAAUAAUCAUAUAGUAUCUUCUCACAAACCUAUGUUGUAUGGCUUCGAUAUCCAGAGAGACCAAAAGUCACAGCAGAUUUUAUAUCCUUGAAGACAAUCCACUGUAUCACCUCCAGUGCAUCAGCCCAAAUCCACGCACCUCUACCCCUUAGGUUUUCUAGGUCAACCAACAGUCACAUACUAGUCUCUUUGACCAAACUUCUUGAGUAUCAGUCAGCACAGCUGUUGGAAAUAUAGAAAAAACCUCGUCACGAAGGACAGAGGGGAGAACGGCAGAAACCGCCUCAAGAUUCAUUCAACUGUAAACCCCCAUUAUAUAGGGAGUAACAAUACACAACUUUUAUCAAAACACCCUCAACUAAUUACACUAUUUCCUUAUGACCUAGAACUUCCAACAAUAGUCAACACCUACUAGCUUUGAAGCUCGUACCCAGGUCUCGCUUUAUUAAUUGUGAAGUCCCCUUGGUAACAGUUAAAGUAUAAGAGAAUUGUGAAUAGCUCAGAAUAUUAUGUGCACAAGUCAACGUUGUGUAUUUUGACUUCUAUUCUGAAGUCAACUCUUGAGCUAAUACCAAUUUCUUGCUGACAAGCCUUUCCCAUUUCCUCUCAACAUUGGAAGUGGCUUCAUGUUUUUCAAAAGAUGUCAACGAUAACGUGCUGACUAUGCGUAUGCAUGUAUGUGUAUGGUAGUUAACCAUGAAACUCGUACUCGUAGUAUUCUUCCACAUCAAAAUCUUCAGAAUCUUCUCUCUUUCUCAUCUAUUUUUCCAGAUUAAACUAUUUUCUGCAUGGAUAGAAACCCAGCAACUACUUCCAUUUCUCCUUUCAUAUCUUAGAAAACGGCAUAAAAUAUCUUCCACCGGGUAAUAUCUUCAUUUCAAUUGCACCUUUACUUCCCCAUACUUGAAUUUCUGCUGAAUCAGUGACGGGGUGUCACUAUCUGAUCAAGUCACCUGUUCUUCACUUAAGCAACAAACUUCUGAUCAUGGCUUUUAUAUAUAUAUAUAUAUUCUUAUUUAUAAUGGGUAAAAUGUCACGUAGAUCAGUAUAAGUCAGUGAAUGUAAGAUUCCUUUUCCCCUUGCUUCAGCAGAGAGUUCAUCACCUUGUGAGUGUUGCACAGUUCAUCUCACGUGCAUGCCGUUCCAGGAAAGUAGGAGCCUCUCGCCGCAUAUUUGGUUGACCUUCGAGGCGAUCCUCUCCGUGAUUUUGUAACUCGCUCUAAAAUUGGAUUCGGAAGAAGAUCAAAACAUGAGAACAGUUCGAUCCGGCAGAUAUCUGCAUGCCCAUCAUACGAUUUGGCUUCUUGAUUUCUCCUGAUAUCUCCCAGAUUCCGGGGGAGGGGGGGAGUUGACUCGAAUCGUGUCUCAGCAUAUUUUAAUGAUGGAAGCAUGCUUUGACUUUAUAUGUAAUAGCAUUUAUUUCAAGUAUUUUUCAGUACUAUUUGCAGCAUAUAUAUAUACUUUACGAUCAGAGGUUCAAUUGAGAUGGUUUUUUUUUUUUCCCUCAAUUGGGGACUCUCCAUGCUGCCCUCUCCUCCUCUGGCAGAUAUACUUUACGACUCAUGGUCUCCCGCCAUGACUGUGAGCUCCGUCUGCAUCAGCAUCCUCUCCAUGUUAUCAAGCUCCACCUCAAAGGUUCCUCUCUCUCCCCCCCUAUCUCUCUCUCUCUCUCUCUCUCUCUCUCUCUCUCUCUCUCUCUCUCUCUCUCUCUCUCUCUCUCUCUCUCUCUCUCUCUCUCUCUCUCUCUCUCUCUCUCUCUCUCUCUCUCUCUCUCUCUCUCUCUCUCUCUCUCUCUCUCUCUCUCUCUCUCUCUCCUAUCUCUCUCUCUCUCUCCCUAUCUCUCUCUCUCUCUCUCUCUCCUAUCUCUCUCUCUCUCUCCCUAUCUCUCUCUCUCUCUCUCUCUCUCUCUCUCUCUCUCUCUCUCUCUCUCUCUCUCUCUCUCUCUCUCUCUCCAUGUUGUCUAUCUGAUGGUACCCUCCCCCCUCUGCGCGCAGCAACGCCCGGCAGACGACGACCGCUACGUGAGGAACUGCCGGAACGGACGUUCGCCGAAGGAGACGAAGUGGUGGUUCCACGACGACAAGGUGUGA